CCGCGACUUAUUCCCCCCUCCCCGAUUUAUACUGGAGCUGUACUUGCCGUACGCACCACUGCCGGGGGGUGGCGGGAUCCUCCCGGCGGUGAGCAGCGGGCCCGGCUCGGGCGGGUGUCGUCCCGUGCUGCUGGGUGGCGUCGAUCUGUCCAUGUCGGCGGCGAUGCAACCGGUCGCCACGCUACCCGCGCUGCCGAGUUCCGGCCCGCCGCCGCCGCCGCCGCACAAUCCUCUCCACCAUACGGGCGGGGGGCUGGCGUUGGGCUCGGCGCCGGUCAUGAUGCCGCGGCCGCCGACCACCGUUAUGCCACCCCUGGGCCCCUCCUUGCCGCCCCCGCACCAGGACGCCGCCGAUUUGGCCGAGGCUGCCCCCAACCAGGACGUCCUCCUGGCCCUCCUCGCCAGGAACAAGAACUUGGAAGAACGGAAGAUCGAAAUACCAAGCUGUUUUCCGAUCAAGGAAGAACCUUCGAUACCAAAGUGCGGAGGCUGUCAAGAAGCGAUAUUAGACAAAUAUGUUCUGAGGGUUCUCGAGAGGUGUUGGCAUGCGAGGUGUCUCACGUGCAGGGAUUGCGGCGCAAGAUUGACCGAUAAAUGUUUUGCAAGAAACGGUCACGUUUUCUGCAAGGAUGACUUCUUCAAGUAUGGCAGGCGUUUUGGAACGAAAUGCGCGGGCUGCGGCCAAGGAUUGGCACCAUCUCAGGUCGUGCGUAGGGCGCAAGAGUUGAUCUAUCAUCUAACUUGUUUCUCGUGCGCCCUUUGCUCUCGACAGUUGGACACCGGGGACGAGUUCUAUCUGAUGGAGGAUAGAAAGCUCGUUUGUAAACCCGACUACGAGCAGGCUAAGGCAAAAGAAUUGGCAGACGGAGGGAGCAUAGACGGUGAUCAACCGAAUAAAAGGCCAAGGACCACGAUCACCGCGAAACAGUUGGAGACCUUGAAAUUAGCGUACAACACCAGCCCUAAACCAGCGAGACACGUGCGAGAACAACUUUCUCAGGACACAGGACUAGACAUGCGCGUCGUUCAAGUCUGGUUCCAAAAUAGGAGAGCAAAAGAGAAGAGACUGAAAAAAGAUGCCGGUAGAACAAGAUGGUCUCAAUAUUUUCGAAGUAUGAAAGGAACAGGGGCUGGUGGACAUUCGCCUAGACACGAUAAGCUUCUUGAAAAGGAUGAACUCAAGGUCGAUUUAGAUUCCACUUUUGGUCACCAUGAUUUGAGUAACGACAGUUACGGGACAGUGGUGAACAUGGGAUUAGAUGGCGAAGGUGCGAGUCCAGGUGGGGGCGGAAAUGGGGCAGGCGGGGGCCCUCCACGUGGUUAUCUAGGCGCAACGACCCCCCCUUAUCUCUCAACGUCCAGAUCACCGUCCUUACCACCUCAGUUUCCAUAUCCACCGGAUGCCGGCCUCUCCGUCUACACCACUCUUGGAGGCGCGGGUGGGAUGGUACCAGGACCGGCGUCGGAUUUGAGCAACGAAUCGAGCGGAGGCGGUGGAGGCGGCGGAGGUGGCGGUGGAGGUGGUUACCCGGACUUUCCACCCUCGCCCGAUUCAUGGCUCGGCGAACCACCACCUCCACACGCUCACCACCAUUCCCACUACGCCACAUAACCCGGCAAACUGACGCGUUGCCAACCACCGUUCGUAAGAACGGAUCGACGCAAGGCGUUCACUUGACGACCCGUUUGCCUGCGAGGCAAGGCUUGUACCGAAAACUGAGCCCCCCUCCCCCCACUUUCGGAUCGAUCUGUCCACUUUCGUCGAUCCAACGCCUCGUUACGAUUCCCGUACGACGCCUCGGCGAGAGGAUCUCGAUGUUUCUCGGUGUAUCGCCAAAUAGAUGAUCCAUCUAGAGGUGGAACUCGAUCGAAGAGAUGGCCGUUUCGAGGACCGUCUCGAACGAAGAAGUCAUUCCAACACACCGUAUUCUGCACCGUCCCGGCGGGUUUCCCAUCAUCGGAAUGAUGCCAUGUGUCGCUAUCGUAUAUAACGUUACUUUAUAGCGCAAAUACGAUACGGAUUCGAUUAGGUACGAUUAAUUUAAAUAUAUUUAUGUACAAGUUCCUCGUUUCCCGGUACUACUGGAGUUUAAUCGUCGAAUAAAGGAAAAA